AUGGCCCGGGAGUUCAGAUUUGAUGAGAAUGUUUCAGAAAAACAGCUGAAUUUUCAAUCCACAUCGCUGAUCAUUCCCAGCAUCACCAGGACAAGAAUACACAACUCGAUGUACUAUAAAGCGAAUCUUGACACAGCAUCUUUGAGAGGUAACAGCAUGCUGCAACUGUCCAAGACCAUGUUACACGAAUUAGGUACAUGCCGUGGAAUCCAAAGUCAGAAGGGCAUCGUGUGUGGAGGCGUUGAGUUUAAGUGUCUGCUGAUGAAGCUAAUUCAUAUCAGGCCAACUUGGGCUCAAUUGCUGGUGAUUCUGCAAAAAGGGCACGAGAAGCAUUCCAGAUUCGAUAAUAAAUACCUGGUAGUCUUGGUGCUUACAUACCUGCGUCUACAGUACUACUUUCUGUCGAAACCCUCGGAAGUUCUGAAUAUAACAAGUAUUCGAGAUUUUGACAAGGAUCAAGACGUGACGGCAGAAAACCUCAAAAGUCUGUUGCUCCUGUAUAUUCGUGACUAUCGCAAAGUAAAGUGUAUGGCACUUGAUGCCGACUGCUGGUCCCAAGGUGGCCUACAAAAGGUCGAGAUCCGCCAUAUCGACGAGAUCGUGGAUUGGCUAUGCACCGAAAGCCAGAUCUGGGCACUUCCUUUGGGUCAAUGUCAAUGGUGUGAUAUUUAUGCCGAGAACGAAGACGAAGACGACAGCGAUAGCGAAACAGAGAGCUCUGAAUCUGAGUCCGACGAUGACGGUUAG